GUUACACAACAGGCAACGCUUCACCUUCAAGACCACGGCUGCCAUCGCUUUGUCUGGUUGAGCGGGUGACUAGGCGUGGGGCCUGCGGUGUGCCCGCGCUUGCAGCUUUUAGCUGUGGCGUUCAACUUCUUCGGUUUCGUCGCAGGGUUGCAAGCACAUGUCAGCGGCGGGCGCAACCAACCCUGGACUCCCUUCUGACUUUUUGGUUCGGUACUGAAGUGCUGAGCGCUCGUGAGCAGCUAAACGACGCAGCCUAUCUUCGCGGUCGGACGAAGAUGUGGUACCUGAGCGGCGCGAAGCAUGAUGAAACGGCACGAAGCUAUUUGCCGCUCCUGGAGCAGGAGCACAAGCUUUGGCCGCAAAGGGAGGCUCUUAAGCCAACGGAGGUCUCCGAGUCGGAGAAUUUGGCCAACUUGGCAAGAGUCGUGCUCUUCGACCAGAUCCCGAGGAAUGCUUUCAGAGGGACAGCUAAGGCAUUUGAUUAUGAUGGGCAGGCAUUGGAAGUGAGCGAUCAGCUCCUGCAAACUGGAUUUGCGGACUCUUGCUCUGCUGCUGAGUU